CAGUUUUUAUUCGCACCGAGGACGAGUGUGUGCGGCUUCGCUGAGGGAGCAACGCGAUGAUAAAAGCCGCAUAUGCGGUGAGCUACACACCUUUCUGGCACGGGAAUUAGCCGAGAAGAAGCUUCAGCCCGGUUCUCCUCAAGCUGCGGCCACUUCCCAAAACAGAACCUCAAGUGCCAGUAGAACCAUGUCCAUCAGGUCAACGGGGGGCAACGUCAACGAUGUCACCCACUUCCUGUCAACAGGUGGGGGCUUGGGGUCUCCCACCACCAAUACGUCUAUGUUCUCUGCAGCCAGCCAGGCAGAUUGGGCAGCAAAGAGGCUGGUGUGGGUGCCGUCAGAGAAACAUGGCUUUGAGUCCGCCAGCAUCCGUGAAGAGCGAGGCGAUGAGGUGGAGGUGGAGCUCACUGACAGCCAGCGGAAGCUGACUCUGUCCAGGGAGGAGGUGCAACGGAUGAACCCUCCACGCUUCAGUAAGGUGGAGGACAUGGCCGACCUCACUUGCCUGAAUGAAGCCUCUGUGCUGCACAACCUAAGAGAACGAUAUUACUCCGGCCUGAUCUAUACAUAUUCAGGACUGUUCUGUGUAGUGGUGAAUCCUUACAAGAACCUACCAAUCUACACAGAGUCCAUUGUAGACAUGUACAGAGGCAAGAAACGCCACGAGAUGCCCCCGCACAUCUAUGCCAUAUCUGAGGCGGCCUAUCGCAGCAUGUUGCAAGACAGAGAAGAUCAGUCAAUCCUCUGCACAGGCGAGUCUGGAGCUGGGAAAACUGAGAACACUAAGAAAGUCAUCCAGUAUUUGGCUCAUGUUGCCUCCUCACAUAAAGGUGGCGCUUUGGGUAAAAACAAGGAACCUGUGCAGAGUUUACAAUAUGGUGAGCUGGAGAGGCAGCUGCUGCAGGCCAACCCAAUCCUGGAGGCCUUUGGCAAUGCAAAGACUGUUAAGAACGACAACUCAUCGAGAUUUGGUAAAUUCAUCCGCAUUAAUUUUGACGUGGCUGGAUAUAUUGUUGGUGCCAACAUUGAGACCUACCUCCUUGAAAAGUCCCGAGCCAUCCGUCAGGCCAAAGAUGAGAGGACCUUUCACAUCUUUUACCAGUUAUUAUGUGGUGCUUCAGCGGAAACUAGAGCGGACUUGCUUCUUGGAAGUGCUGAUGAAUAUCGUUUCCUCACUAGAGGCUCCAUCUCUGUCCCUGGUCAGAGUGAUUCAGAGAAUUUCACCCAGACUAUGGACUCCAUGGCCAUAAUGGGCUUCACCCCUGAGGAGUCAGUGUCCAUGUUGAAGGUGAUCUCUGCUGUGCUCCAGUUCGGAAACAUAUCCUUCAUGAAGGAGAAGAACCACGACCAGGCAUCUAUGCCUGAUAACACAGCCGCUCAGAAACUGUGCCAUCUACUGUGCAUCAACGUGCUGGAGUUCACCCGCGCCAUCCUCACGCCGAGGAUCAAAGUGGGGAGAGAGUAUGUGCAGAAGGCCCAAACGAAAGAACAAGCUGACUUUGCCAUUGAGGCUUUGGCGAAGGCGACUUAUGAGCGUCUCUUCAGAUGGCUGGUUCACAGGAUCAACAGAGCUCUGGACCGCCGACAGAGACAGGGAGCUUCUUUCAUAGGCAUCCUUGAUAUCGCUGGAUUUGAGAUUUUCCAGCUGAACUCCUUUGAGCAGCUGUGCAUCAACUACACCAACGAGAAGCUGCAGCAGCUGUUCAACCACACCAUGUUCAUCCUGGAACAGGAGGAGUACCAGAGGGAGGGCAUCGAGUGGAACUUUAUUGACUUUGGCCUGGACCUACAACCUUGCAUUGACCUCAUCGAGAGACCAGCCCAUCCACCAGGUGUUUUGGCCCUGCUGGAUGAAGAGUGCUGGUUCCCUCGAGCCACAGACCGCACGUUUGUGGAUAAGCUUUCUGCUGAGCAAAGCAAGCAUCCUAAAUUCUUCAAAUCAAAGCAACCGCGUGGAGAAGCUGACUUCUCUAUUAUUCACUAUGCUGGAAAGGUGGACUAUAAGGCAGAUGACUGGUUGGUGAAGAACAUGGAUCCUCUGAAUGACAAUGUGGCGUCUCUUCUCCAUCAGUCAUCUGAUCACUUUGUGUCUGAGCUGUGGAAGGAGGAUAUUCAAACUCUUCCUCGUGUGUACUUCUUUGACUCCUAUGCCACACUACAGACUAAUGGCUCCGACAUGGACAGGAUUGUGGGUUUGGACCAGGUGUCAUCAGGAGAGAGCAGUGGGCCCGUCACUUUUGGAUCAGGACUGAAAACAAAGAAGGGAAUGUUUCGAACUGUUGGUCAACUCUACAAAGAGUCUCUCACCAAGCUGAUGGCCACGCUGAGGAACACCAACCCCAACUUCCUUCGAUGCAUUAUCCCCAAUCACGAGAAGAGGGCUGGUAAAUUAGAACCUCAACUUGUUUUGGACCAGCUGAGAUGUAACGGUGUUCUGGAGGGAAUCCGUAUCUGCAGACAGGGAUUCCCCAACCGCAUUCCUUUCCAGGAAUUCAGACAGAGAUAUGAGAUUCUCACUCCCAAUGCUAUACCUCGCACUUUUAUGGAUGGCAAACAGGCCUCAGAGCUCAUGAUCAGAGCUUUGGAACUGGAUCCCAACCUGUUCAGGGUGGGUCAGAGUAAAGUCUUCUUCAGAGCUGGAGUCCUGGCUCAUCUGGAGGAGGAGAGAGACCUGAAGAUCACCGACACCAUCAUACACUUCCAGAGCGCUGCCAGGGGAUUUCUUGCACGCAAAGCCUUUUUGAAGAAGCAGCAGCAAAUGAGUGCUCUGAGGGUGAUGCAGAGGAACUGUUAUGCUUACCUCAAACUCAGAAACUGGCAGUGGUGGCGACUGUUCACUAAGGUGAAGCCUUUACUUCAGGUGACUCGACAGGAUGAGGAGAUUCAGGCCAGAGAGUCUGCGCUCCUUAAGGCCAGUGAGAAGCUCACCAAAAUGGAACAGGAAUUCACUGAUCUGGACAAGAAACAUGCUCAACUGGUUGAAGAAAAGACGCUGCUAGCUGACCAGCUGCAGGCGGAGGCAGAGCUGUUUGCAGAGGCAGAGGAGAUGAGGGCCAGUUUAGCAAAUCGGAAGCAGGAGCUGGAGGAAGUUCUGAGCGAGAUGGAGAGUCGACUGGUGGAGGAGGAGGAGAGGGGUACGCAGCUGGCCAACGAGAAGAAGAGGAUGCAGCAGAACAUACAAGACCUUGAAGAACAGCUCGAGGAGGAAGAAAGUGCCAAACAGCGCCUCCUUCUUGAGAAGGUUAGCUUGGAGACCAAGGUGAAGAGUCUGGAGACUGAACUCCUGACUGCUGUGGAACAGAGAGACCGGCUCACCAAGGAAAAAAAGCUGCUGGAUGAGCAUCUGAGUGAGGUGACAGAUCAAGUGACUGAGGAGGAAGAGAAGACCAAAAGCCUCAAUAAACUUAAGAACAAACAGGAGGCUGUCAUAGCUGACCUAGAGGAGCGUCUGAAGCGUGAGGAGCAGGGUCGCUUAGAGCAGGAGAAGUGGAAGAGGAGGAUGGAGAAUGAGUCACUGGAGGCUCAGGAGCAGCUGUCGGACCUGGGCAUGCUGUCUGCCGAGUUGAGGGGAACUCUGGCUCAAAGGGAGAAGGAAAUAACCACCUUGCAGGGCCGGUUGGAGGAAGAAGGUGCACGUCGUGCUGAAGCACAGAGGGCUUUGAGGGAGGCCUUGUCUCAAGUGUCAGAGCUGAAGGAGGAAGUGGAGAAUGAACGAGGGAUGAGAGAAAGAGCUGAGAAACAAAAACGAGACCUUGGAGAGGAGCUGGAAGCUCUGAGAACGGAGCUGGAGGACACCCUUGACACCACCGCUGCACAGCAAGAACUAAGGUCUCGCCGGGAGACUGAGUUAACUGAGCUGCAGCGAGCUGUUGAAGAGGAGACUCGUCGCCACGAGGUCCAGCUGUCGGAGCUCAGAGUGAAGCACAGCGCUGCCAUAGACAACCUCCAGGAGCAGCUGGAUAACAGCAAGAGAUCUCGCCAGUCUCUUGAAAAGGCCAAAGCUAUGCUGGAAGAAGAAAGGCAGAAUCUGACAGAUGAAAUCAAAAGCCUCCAGUCGAGCCGCACGGACAGCGAGAGGGGCCGUAAGCGAGCAGAAAAUCAGCUCCAGGAGCUCAACGCUCGUCUAGCUCAGGCCGAGAGAGAGAGGGAGGACAGGGAGGAGCGAGUGCACAAGCUGCAGUGUGAAAUCGAGUCUCUCUCCACCAGUUUAUCCUCCUCUGACAGCAAAACUCUUCGUCUUUCUAAAGAAGCCAACAACCUGGAAAGCCAGCUGCAUGAUGCAAAGGAACUGCUGCAAGAUGAAACUCGUCAGAAGAUGACCCUGGCCUCAAGGGUCCGAGCUCUGGAGGAGGAGAAGAACGGACUGAUGGAAAGGCUUGAGGAGGAGGAGGAACGAGCCAAAGAGCUGGCCCGUCAGAUACAAACACUCACCCAGCAGCUCGCAGAGCUUCGAAAGCAGUCGGAGGAGGUGAGCUCAGCUGUGGAAACUGGAGAGGAGGUGCGCAGGAAGCUGCAGAGAGAGCUGGACAGCACCAUUCAAAAAGAGCGACAGAAGGAGGAGGAGAAGGAGCGAGUGGAGAGGCAGAGGGAGCGACUGAGGGAGGAGCUGGAGGACAUGACAAUCGCCCUGCAAAGAGAGAGGCAGAACUGUACAUCUCUCGAAAAGAGGCAGAAGAAAUUUGACCAGUCCCUGGCAGAGGAGAAGGCGGUGAGCGCCCGUCUAGCUGAGGAGAGGGACAAAGCAGAAGCAGAGAGCCGAGAGAAAGAAACAAGAUGUCUGUCGUUGACGCGAUCCUUGCAGGAAGUCCAGGACCAGCGAGACGAGCUGGAAAGGAUCAACAAGCAGCUCCGUCUGGAAAUGGAGCAGCUUGUGAACCAGCAGGAUGACGUUGGCAAAAAUGUGCAUGAGCUCGAGCGGACCCGGAGGGUGUUGGAGGCAGAAGCUCAGAGCUUGCGAACUCAAACUCAGGAGUUGGAGGAGGAGCUGACGGAGGCGGAGGACUCGAGGCUCAGGCUGGAGGUCACCCUGCAGGCGCUCAAAGCUCAGUUUGAGAGGGAGCUUGGCGCCAACGAGGAGAAGGGAGAAGAGAAGAGGAGGGCCCUCAGCAAGCAGGUGAGAGAAUUGGAGAUCCACUUGGAGGAGGAGAGGACUCAGCGGUCUCAGGCUGCGUCGUCCAAGAAGCAGAUGGAAGCAGAGCUACAGGAGUCUGAGGCCCAUUUGGAGGCAGCCACUCGUGGCAAAGAGGAGGCUGUUAAGCAUCUACGGAGGCUACAGGGUCAAAUGAAGGAAGUUCUCCGUGAACUAGACGAGACCAAGUUAUCUCGAGAGGAGGUGGUUUCACAGUUUAAAGACAGUGAAAAGAAAAUGCAGACACUAGAAGCAGAGGUGCUGCACCUCACUGAGGAGCUGGCCGUAUCAGAGAGGCAGAAGAAGCAGGCUCAGCUGGAGAGGGAUGAGUUGGCAGAGGAGAUGGUCAACAACAGCUCUGGAAAGAACGUGAUGUUUGAGGAGAAGCGACGGUUAGAGGCUCGAAUCACUCAACUGGAGGAAGAUCUGGAGGAGGAGCAGACAAACAUCGAACUGCUGACAGAGAGACAUAGGAAGGCGGUUCUACAGGUGGAGACUCUGACUGUGCAGCUGCAGGGAGAGAGGACUUUGGCCCAGAAGGCGGAGGUGUCUCGAGAGCAGCUGGAGAGGCAGAACAAGGAGCUGAAGACCCGGCUGGAGGAGCUGGAGGGAACAGUCAGAGGAAAACACAAGCUCAGUGUCGCUGCCCUGGAGGCUAAGAUUGACUCGAUGGAAGAGCAGCUGGAACAAGAGAGACAAGAAAGAGCCAUUGCCAACAAACUGGUGAGGAAGACGGAGAAGAAGCUAAAGGAGGUGAUGAUGCAGGCAGAGGACGAGAGGAGACAUGCAGACCAGUACAGAGAACAGCUGGAUAAGUCGAUGGUUCGGCUGAAGCAGCUGAAGAGGCAGCUGGAGGAGGUGGAGGAGGAGAACUCUCGCACCAACGCUCAGAAGAGGAAGCUGCAGAGGGAACUGGAGGAGCUCGCCGACAACAGUCAGAGCAUGAAUCGCGAGAUCACCACACUCCGCACCCAGCUCAGGCGUGCUCCAUUGCCCCUGGCGCUGCGUGGACGCAGAGCCUUGGUUGACGACUUCUCCCUGGAGAACUCCGAUUCGGAGGACCCCCCUGCUUCCCCUACCCCCUCCUCUGGACUCUCACAGACUCCUUCCUCAGACCAGAGCCUGGGCCCUCCGCCGCCCUACAGCGUCAGCAACACAGAGUGACCGACACAGACGCAGCCUCGAUCUCAGGGGUGGAGGAGCGACACGAACACACUACAUUUUAAAUUCAACUAAAUCAUUGCGAACACGUACAACAGGUGCUAUAACAAUGAAACAACCUCCUGAUAUGUUCUUUUUUGUCCUCAACAAAUACGCAAAACAAACAAAAAAAUAAUGCCACAACAAGGCAAUUUGGUUUUAUUUUGGAACAUAACAAAGACUAACAACUUCUACAUCACACCUCUUUAAUGCCAACUAAAUCAAACAUCUCCAGGUUUAAAGGUGGGAGGUUUUAUCAGCUGAUUUCAUGAAGCUGUGCCAUGCAUAAAACUAAUAAGUUUUCCAAUUCGUUCAAUAAAUACAGAAAUCUGAUUUUCAUAAAAGCCUGCUGAGGAUAAAUUACGAUCAUCUAGCCUCCAAGAAUAAAUAAAUGUCAAUAAACAAAGCUGCGCAUAUUUUCUAAGUUAGCAUAAUAGAAAAAGCAGUUGCUGAGCAAUAUUUGAUCAAACCUGUGUUUAAAUAAUUGGUAAGAAAGAGGAGUUGUAUUAGAAAUCUAAUUUUAUAAAUCACCAGUGGCACAAAGGUGAUUCAGAAAGCGGCAGCCUUCAGACACACCACUCUACGGCUGAUCAGUUCUGUUUUUAGAUCAGUGCGAUGGUAGACGGACAUUAGUGAUAGUUUCUUCAACUUAACUCUUUACAUAUUGCUUCAUAAAUUUGUGUAAUUUAUAUCAAAUGUGAACCUAAGUUAUAGAGCGCUCAGUCUCGU